CAGCCUGGCCCCGUGCCACCCAUUGAAUUACGGAUCCCGCACCCCGGCCCCGCUGGCUGGCACGGUGCCCCCGGGCCCCAAGCGACACCCGCCCGAGGUCUCAGCUCGUGGGAACGACCCCCGGGCAGCAGGGCCGGCCCUGGGGGGUGUCACUGCAGGCCGGGUACCCCCCGGGGCUGGCGCAGCUGCGGGAGAGCCCUGGCUCGGUGCCCGAGCGCUGACGGUGUCACCGCACUCCUCCAGCUGCCCACGGUGACAGCGUGGACCAGUAGGACCCGGAGUGAACAGCCUGGUUAGGGUGGAAGAUCCCUGGAGACCGGAGGGAGCCAGUGUGCCGUGGGACAGAUCCCACUGCAAGGGCUGGGGCGAGCGAGGCCGCGGGAGGGCGUGAUUUGGGGGCCCUGCCCAGUCAGACCCCCAGAACUCCUCGUCCCAGUCUCACAGUGACCCCAGGUCCGAGCGGCACCGCCUGUUCCGCUGCCCGUCCCUGUCCAUCCCUCUGCCGCCAGGCUGGGGUGGCCCUUACAUAAACCCGGAACAGUCCUGCUUGUGUAACCUCCUUUAUAUAAUACCCUGGACCGCCGCGUGUGCCGGGUAAAUCCUGGCUGAGCCGGGCCGGCCGGCGCGCCGGGGCGCGGGACCCCCCCUCCCGCUCCUUGCAGCGCCCCGCCCGCCGCGCCCCCCGCCAUGCCCGGAGCGCUGCGGGGCCGCGGGGUGAGGCGGCUCUGCUGGGCCUUGGCCACCAGCGCUGCGGGGGCGGCAGCUUCUCCUCCGCCUGCCGAGCGGAGCCCCAGGGAGGUCCUGGCCGGAGGCAUCCCCCGAGGUGGCGGGGCGGUGGCGGGGGAACGGACGCGCCCCGCUGCCACGUACGCCGGCCGCGGCCAGCUGGCCCGGGCGGGAGCCGGGGAGGCGCGAGCACAUUGGCCGGCGGCUGCGAGCGAGCGGCGCUGGGAGCGAGCGGGUUUGUCCUCGGCCGACCCCGGCCGGCACGGGGAGAUGGCAGCGGCCGGGGGGAACCCCCCCAGGAGGGCGGCGCGGCCGCCCCCUCGCUCAGCCCUGCCAGGCCUGGGCUCCAUCCAGGGCUGCCGGCGUCCGCGGGGGCGAGCGGGGACAGAUGGCAGCGGGGAAGGGGAUGGGAAGAGCGGGACAGACAAAGGGAAGGCUGAGCCCCCCCUCUUCCCUGGGACUCUCUCCUGCGGGGUGCUGGCAUCCAGCCCCUGCGCCCUGGGCUGGGGGUACCUGGGGGCGCAGCUGCAGGGAGGGGGUGGGAGAGAGGACAGACAGAUGGGAGAGGGAAAGGAGAGAAAGGAAGGGAGGGAGGGAGAAAGGAAGGAAGAAAUUAAGGUGGAGAGAAAGGAAAAGGAAAAGGGACAGGGAAAUAUGCUGCCACUAUCUUGCUGCCCCAGCGAUUCCAGCCCCGUGGCAGAGCCCCACAGCACAGCCAGCCUCCCCCCAGAGUCCGAUGUGCCCCCAACAUGGCCCCUCCGAUGCUCCCCCAAAACCAGCCCCUGCACCACCACCACGCAGGGCUGAGGCAGCAGUUUUGAAGCCCUUCUCCAGGACUGGCCAAGACCCCAGUGCAGGGGCCAGUGUGACAGGGGACCGUCCCCAUACCCCAACUGGCAGUGCCAACCCUGAUCGGGGUGUAGGGGCACACAGGGGGCUUGCCGGCAGGUCUGUUCCCCCCCUCCCGCGGCCACGGGCGGGAGGGAGCACCGUGGGCAUCUGCCGCCCCAGCUGUCCCUUGCCAGUGCAGCACGAAGCCGGGCACCCAGCCAGGAUGGCAACUGCGGCCCCGGGGAAGGCACGGCGCUUGCCAGCGAGAGGGGACGGCGGGUGGCGAGGGCGGGGGACGGCAGGUGCUCGUGAGAGGAGCUCGCUCAUCUUUUAUUCAUCGGGUGCCUAACGGUGCGCGGAACCGCUCUGGCCCCUUGUCCCCUCCGGCGGCACAGGACGUGGCACUCCGUGCCAGGUCCCCGGCAGGCACGGCUCAGGCUGCCGGGGCCGCCGGGCUGAGCACGGCCCCGCUCGCUUCAGCGGUGACGCGAGGCCGGGCUGGCAGCGGGCACUGCGGGGAAGCCGUCCGGCUCCGGCACGCCGCCGGCUCGGCGCACUGCAGGAGAGCCGGGGAAGCCCUGACCUCCCCAAGGUCGCCGGCACAUCGAUCCGGAGAGCUCGAGCACAUGGAAACCGCCCCGGCCGUGCCAGCGCCAGGCUCGCAGCGGGGCUGGGCUCAGGAGCAGCGGCACCCCAGGCAGUGACGCUGCAGAAGGCAGGGGUGGCGGGGGGGUGGCACCCUGGGGAGCCCCCUCCCAUUCCGCUUCUGCAGCACGCAGCCGUGGGGGCAGGAACCCAGCCCCUGCGGAUUCUCUGCCGUCUCGUACCCUUGUGCCCUUUCUUGGGGGGGUAUCCUCUUGGACUUGCUGGGCUCUGCCUACCCCCUUCCCCUGAACCCUGGCCUCCCUGGCUGUUUGGCUGGGAGUAGAGAUACCGGGAACAGGGGGUUUGCUCCUGUUCAUCUCUGUGCUGGGGGUUCUCCAGCCUGCCUGCCCGCCUGUGCCCAGCUCUGCGAAUGACAGAUCCCAAAUAUUGUGAACCCCAUCAAUCUU